UGCACACCCCCAUAUGAUACAUUUUCUGAUUGGUUCAGACAAAUGGAUGGAAUAAUAGUCCCAAACAAUAGGAAUUUAGACUUAUCUCUCCAAAAAGAAAUCUGAUGCUCGAACUUCCUGUAAGAUAUCAGUUAGCGAAAUUGGUUAAAAUUUGAUACCUGUGCUACACUCAAGUAUUGACUGAAUGCACACAGCAACGGAAGCAGCAGUUGCUAGUUGUGAAGCUUCUCAAGAAGCUCCGAAAGAAGUUCUGAAAUGAAGUGCUCACUGGUUUUCGUUUCUUUCUUUUUCGCCUGCAGUUGCAAUGCUUUAGGUAUGCUGAAGCCUUGGGUUGAUGUAGCCCCUCGCCCUCCUGUUGUCGCGGAUCCUUGUCAAAGUUACCUAGAAGAAAAUGUCUGGCAACGUAGCACAAGACAUCAAAUGGUUGCAACACAUACUCCACGUUGUGACACACAUUUGGCAAGUGGUUGGUACCGCUUUACCAGCAAAGCCGGAGGAAAGAUUCGGCAUCAGCGUAUCUCACCUGGAUUUUGUGGCACUCGACGCCCAAUUUAUAUCAAAUCGGGUACUUUACCUACAACUAAAGAUAGAGAAGUCUCUUUGCAAGCCUGUUACGAUAACGAUGGUGUUCCUUGCUUUGAGACUUUAAGAAUCAAGGCCAGAUUCUGCCAAGUAGACGGAAAAGAAUAUUAUAUUUAUUUCUUAACAAGACCGAUGUUAUGUGCAUCUUAUUGUGCAGGAAGUGAAAUUCCAUGCCCCUUUGGGGAAAGUUCAACAACUGGAUUCACAAUAAAUGGAAAAUGCAAUAAACUAUUCCCGGUAUUCUCAACACCACGAGUGCAUUACGUUGUGAAGUCGAAUCUCCUCCACUUUGUUUGCAAUUUUACCACCGAUGCAACAAUGGUUUCUGACAUUUUCAACAUAUUAUGGUACGAUAGUUCACACAAUACAUUUCGAAUAGAGGGCACAGGCAAUAAUUUUAAGCAAAAAAUGGUCAUCAAAUGGAGCGUGUUAGAACAAAAUGGAAGAAUGAAGCUUGGCGACACAUUCUUCUGUACAGUACAGAGUUGGUACCAACAUUCGCCACGCAACACAAGUCCACUCACAAAGAGCAAUCAUUUCUUUGCGGGCAUACGAGUUCGGAACAGAACAAUUCAUCUGGUAGAAGGAAGAAAAGACGAUGUCAUAUUGGUUGAAGCUACCAUACCAAUUUUAUGCAAACCUAAUUUUGAUUCGUGUGGCAUUAGAAUAGAUAUGAAUAAUGGAAAAGUGGAGUCAGAAGAAACCUGCUUUUUGAGAUUGUUUCAAAAAAAUAGCCCACAACAUAAAACGUUGCAUUUAUCAGUUCCUGAAAAGAUGGUUGAACGACCCACUGAACACAGUUUUAUUAGCCUUACUGUCAACAACUUUGGUGCAAUGGAGAGCUGGGUAUCUCAUAAAAAAAUUUCAGACAUUCAGGUUAUUACAAGUGACAAGAGGUGGGGAUUCUGCUAUUCUACUGGCGAUCCCCAUAUAAGAACAUUCGGCUCCCAAUAUUACCACCAUUACCAAGUAGGAGAUUAUCAAAUGGUUAGAACUACGAACAAUGCAUUUGAGAUUCACAUAAGGACAUGGCAGUGCGCCCAGGUUGCUUGUAACUGCGGAAUUGCUGCAAGAGAAGGGGAAGAUAUUGUUGUCAUCGAUAUGUGUAGAGAUAGCAUCCCACGACCACGUCUGCCACGGAAAGAAGAGAUGGAGCGAUCUGAUGGUACAGUUGUAACUGUAGAUUCCACUGGACGUCUCUUCACGAUAUCAUUCUCAUCUGGAGCCACUAUCACGUUCAACACAAUUUACUGGAGCUACGGUAAUACAUAUUUUGGGGACAUCACAGUUAAACUCCCUCCAUUGUAUCAUGGCAAGACCUUAGGCCUUUGUGGAACAUAUGAUGACCAAAGAGACAAUGAACUUAUAAGUAGAUAUGAAAGAAUCUGGGAUAGUAAGCUGCCGUCACAUAGAGUUGCACCAAAGGAGUUCACGGAAAGUUGGAGACUUAGAAGUGACGAAAGUCUCUUCUAUUACAAGCCAAAGGAUAAAGUAUGCAAAAGAAGAACACGUGAAAAACAAUACUGCAAAUGUGAAGAGAUUAUGAUUGACGAAAAGGUAGAAAAUAAGGCAACUUGUGGAGCACUCGGAGAAGCUGCGAUGUUUUCUGCAAACCAGAAGCCAUUAAGAUUUGCAAAUGAAGAUAUUUGCAGUCGAAGAAAGAGGAGAUCGGUACACAGAAGCGGUGAUUCAAUCACGAUACCUGACGACGAUGGAUCAAGCGAUUAUGUGUAUGAUCCUACUCCGUUAAACAUAACCAUUCCAGUAUGGCCAACAAAAACAGGAAAAACCCAAGCAGAUGUCCAGAAGUAUUGUACAGAUACAAUAAUGAACUCCCAGACAGGAAAGAUGUGCCAAAAGUUGGAUUCGUUUGAUUUCAGUCCAACUAUUGACCAAUGUGUAGAAGAUAUAAAGGUCACUGAUGAUUUUGAAUUGGUGACAUCAGCAAUCCAGAGUUUAGCUGAAAAGUGUAAAGAUGACUUAAUUUCCAAUGUUACAUACUGGUCAAGAGAUCCAUCAGGCAAUGUCACGCUAAGCCUACCAGCUGAAGUAUUUGCGAUUUCAUGCCCUGGACUGUGCAGUGGAAAAGGCACGUGUGUAAAUGGAACAUGCGAGUGUUUUAAAGGGUUUUCCGCACCUGACUGCUCUGUCAAUAUAACAACUGGUCCUACAUUUAGAUACAUUCAGAACAACGGCUUCUGCGAUAUUCAAAAAAGAAGUGAUUGUUCCCGUAUACGUGUUAUUGGGAGGAAUUUCAUCGCCUCGCGAAACCUUUCUUGUCGAAUGACACCUAUCAAGAUGUCCAAUCUUUCUGACAGCAAAACAGAUAAACAGAUCUUUACAAAGGCAACAUUGCUAAGUUUCGGGGAAAUGACUUGCGACAUGGUGGAUAAUCCAGUCAAAAGUUACACCUCGUCAAUUAACGGCACACCGUAUGUAAGAUUCAAAAUUGAAGUCUCAAACGAUGGGAUAAUAUUCAGUAAGCAGUCCCACAAUUAUACAAUCUACGAUUCCAAGUGCAUUAACUGCACCAAUAACGGCACAUGUCAAUUUCAGGAAGGCACAUGUUUGAUAAACGGUUAUUGCUUUAAAAAUGGAGAAAGUCCAUCAUUCAGUUCCUGUUUACGAUGUGAGCCAAGUUACAAUGUCAGCGCAUUUUAUCCAGUCAAAACAGGUAUCUGUGCAACUACAACAACAGCACCGUCAACCAGCACUGUAAAAAGUACAUCCGAUCGUUUGCCCACAAGAGAAGGAAGUGGCAAUCGAACAACAACAGAUAGACCAUCAACCAACUCGGAGAAACACAAUGUUACCACCAACCAUAACAAUUCAACUACCAAAGCUCACUCAAAGAAUGAAACUCUCAAAACAACAGUGUCAACCAGAGCCAAAAACAAGGGAAAGAUGGCGACCAUCAUUUCUUGUUCAGUUGUUGGUGGUAUUCUUAUACUGGUUUUCUUGAUAGUUUGUGCAUUGAAGUUUAAGAAAGCUCAUACUAUCAAAACCUAUCCAGUUGAUCCAGCAGAACUGAGCAACCACAUUGAGCUACAAAGAACCGAAGACUUGACUUUGGCACAUUGAACUGGUCAUUUUCAUUUUUAUCCUUAUUUUUUAUUUUCACCUGUUAUGUGCAUGAUCAAAAUAACUAUCAAAAUUAUGAUUGGCUUUGUA